CCAACAGAGAAGCGAACAGAGAGCAACAAUGAAGGUCUGGUUUCUGCUGUUUCUGCUGCUGCCACUCUGCCUAGAAACUUCUGGUGUUGCAACAGAAUUUAAAAUUGACUGCUAUGGCGAAGAUUUCCUAAUGGUGAGGAAUAUGGUCCUGCAUUGUACAAGCAAAGUUCAACAGGCGUGUUACACCAGAUCAUCUGGAGAAAAGGGCUGCAUUCGAACGGAGUUCUGUAAGAGACCUGGCUGGAAAUGCUGCUAUGCAGACCUCUGCAAUGCCUAACUUUAACACCAGAGAGAGAUAGACUGACAUCAAGAGCCUAAUAAAUAAAUAAACAGGAUGCCUUUCUGUAUUUCAUCAACUCUCUCUUUCUUUUGCAUUUUGUCUGCAAAAAGACACUUGAUAUGGCAUAAUAAAUAAUUUUAUCAAUUA